UCAUGCCUGAGCAAAUGAAAGCAGCGAAGAAAGGCUCCAAGAAAGCCGUGUCGAAGGCCACCAAGACCGGCAAAAAGAAGAGGAAGACUAGGAAGCAGAGCUACGCCAUCUACGUGUACAAGGUUCUGAAGCAGGUCCACCCGGACACCGGCAUCUCCUCCAAGGCCAUGAGCAUCAUGAACUCGUUCGUCAACGACAUCUUCGAGCGCAUCGCUGGAGAGGCUUCUCGCCUGGCGAUGUACAACAAGCGCUCCACCAUCAGCUCCAGGGAGAUCCAGACGUCUGUCCGCCUGCUGCUCCCUGGAGAGCUGGCCAAGCACGCCGUGUCCGAGGGAACCAAGGCCGUCACCAAGUACACCAGCUCCAAGUAAAUCGGUCCAACCGCAAACUAAAACGGUCCUUUUCAGGGCCACCCACACACGUGAAGAGUUCAGUUUCAUCUAUCCAUGAUUAAGUUGGGUUCACACUCGCUGAAAUUUUAGUUAAGCCUUUAUUAGAAUGAUGUAGUUGUAUGAUACAAAAUAUAUGAAACAUAAACCAGCCUUUUUUUUUUUACACAUCCUUUGUUUAGUAACCAAAGAAAAUGGUGAAUAAAUUUACUAUUUUAUUAAUUUUGUCUUAUUAAACUUGUUCAGGUCCAAGUCAAGCUCACCAUCAGAGAAGACUCAAAACUGGAGUCAACACCAUAGUGAUCAUGUUACUAUUGUAUGUUACUAUAGUCUGCAAUUGAAUUACAGACAUGGCUACUUCCCUUUACAUCGAGACACAUCGCUACUUAAACCUGACUGUCAUCUUCCCUGUCAAGUGAAUGUGAGGCGUCAAAGAUUUUUCAGUUGCCAACUCCACCACAUGAUGCAGUGUGAUGUCAGAACCAUGUAAGAAGCUUCAUGUCAUCAGCAAUAUAAUAAAAUGUAACUGCAACAGUCCUCUGAUGUCAAGGCUGAUACAAUAUGGCAUAUAAAAUAUGUAUGGUCCAGUUUGAGGACAAACUAUCUAAAAACCGAGUCUUUUUUCGGCCCAAACUUCACCCCUUUAGAUGGUGACAUAUUUUAACGCUACAUUGUUUUCGGUGUGUGGACACUUA